AAUCGGCACUCGUUCUACAACGUUCAACCACCAUGCCUGAUCCACCAGCAAAGUCUGCGCCCAAGAAGGGCUCCAAGAAAGCCGUCACCAAGGCUGCCGGCAAGGGCAAAGGAAAGAGGAGAAAGGCCAGGAAGGAGAGCUAUGCCAUCUACGUGUACAAGGUGCUGAAGCAGGUCCACCCUGACACCGGCAUCUCGUCCAAGGCCAUGAGCAUCAUGAACUCCUUCGUCAACGACAUCUUCGAGCGCAUCGCUUCUGAGGCUUCUCGCCUGGCUCACUACAACAAGAGAUCCACUAUCUCUUCCAGGGAGAUCCAGACCGCCGUGCGUCUCCUGCUGCCCGGUGAGCUGGCUAAGCACGCUGUGUCUGAGGGUACCAAGGCUGUCACCAAGUACACCAGCUCCAAGUAAAUUGUCCUCGCAAUUUACACACACAAACGGCUCUUUUAAGAGCCACCCACUUUUUCGACAGAGAAAGUUCCUGCACGUAGCAAAUCAAUUUGGAAAAGUGACAUACUGUUAGUAAAGUUUGGUCUGAUCUAAGUUGGAAAAAAUGCUGACUUGUAUCUAAAUAGCAGCUCCCAUUGUUACAAGGGGUGAGUGUUCCUGAGUAAAGCCUAUUAUUGCUGAGAUUGCGUCAACUGUCCUCUUUUAGGUCCGCAUUUAAGUCCUCUUUUAGGUCCAUAUUUAUGUUAUAGCUGUGGCGCUUGUCAGGUCCAGGCACACAUCUCGUUGGAUGACGACAGUCAGACCACGUGUCUGGAAGAGGUAAAGGCGGAAUGGGUUUGUGAAAAGGAGUGGCGACACAGUAGUGCCAACAUUCCAAGCGCAUAACUUAUGGCGCACUGAUUCCCCACUUCAACUAAUUUCUAAAUGGUUAUAUUUGUUAUAAAUGUUAGAGUAUUGAAUGUAUGUGUAUAUGUAAAUAGUACAUGUACCAUUGACCUCAAUAAAAU